UCCGAUGUUUCUCGUUCUUACAGUAACUGUGCUGAUACUGUACAGAAUCCUCAAUCCCAAGAAAAUGACCGACAUCCUGCUUCUCGUCUUGCUGAAUACCAUGAAUUCAGAGCAUAUGAGAGCAGGUGGAAGAGAGGAUGUAUCCAUUUACGAAGUGUUCAACAGCUUGAAGAAAAUGUCUUUUGACGGAAUGAGGAACAAGAAAGUUACUUUCGCCAAAUCAGAUUUGCCGGAAGAAAUCUCCAUUGAUCACUUGAAAGAUAUCAUGAUACCAAUACCAAGAUCAAUUGGAAUCAACCAACGGCUCUUCGAAAGGAACUUUGUAUUCUUUUUCAUCCACCAGUCCAUUCAGGAAGCGCUUGCUGCUCUUUACGUUGCUGAAAUGCCGACAAAAGAAUUCGAAAAGUUUGUUUCAACCGAACUCCACAAGAAGCAUUGGGUCGUAAUUCGUCGAAUUGUAUGCGGCUCUAUAUUGAAUCCCGAGACAUUCAAGAUUGCAAUGGGAGAAGCAGCUGAUGUUGGAAUUAUCAAACAGGGUAUUGAUCUGAAGAAUAAGCGAUCGAUCUUGUUAUCAAGCUUGAAUGAUCAGAUUCAAUCUGGCUUGAAGAGAGAAGAUCUACUCGAGCUCAUGCAUGCACUCGAUGAAUGUGGAAAUGGGGCUGAUAACGUCAUCGAAUCAUCCAUCCGUGAAAUUAGUUUCGGCUACAUACCUCUCACUCCAAGUGAUAAAUUCACUCUGGCAUCUGUUCUCGGUCAUUGUUCUCGUCUCGAUCGCCUCGGGCUGUAUGGUGUUUCUGUCACAUCAUCUGAUCUCAAACUCCUUGCUUCAUCAAUGCAAUAUUCGAAUAUCAAGAUAAAGAAGGCUGGUUUUGGAAUUCCGAAUGUAACCAAAGAAAAAGUGAGUCAGUUAAAUUUAUUUGUUAUUGAUCUCGAGUCCAAUCCUUUGAACAUUUACCUCGGUCAGUGUGUAAUAGAUUAGGCUAUGUCGAUUCUUUUCCGCAGUCAUUGGAUGUUUGCCACGAAAAAAAUAUCGAUUCAAAUGUAUUUAUUGCGUGUUACCAGCUUGGUUACAUCAUCUCGACUGCGACCCUCUAGUGCUCAGUUCAAAUUACGCAUAAUUGUCGAGUUUUGAAAAGCAAGUU